AUGUCGAGAUUAUGGACGAGAAUAACGCCUUGGCUGGCCGUUUUCCUCGUCGUCUGCCUGUUGGCGAACACUGCCGAGGCGUCCCUGGGCGACCGGCUACCCGAGUUUCGCGAAUGUGUAGAGGUCUGUAAGAGAGAGAAUUGCGACCCCAAGAACAGCCCGACACACAUUCCUCUUCUCCAUCGAGUCCUACUCUGGACGUGCCCGCAAGAAUGCGACUACACAUGCCAACACAUCAUUACGUCGAGACGAAUCGAGCGCAAUGAGCCGGUCACUCAGUUCCACGGCAAGUGGCCCUUUGUACGGGUUCUGGGCAUGCAGGAGCCCUUCAGCGUGCUCUUCAGCUUGGGCAACAUGGUGGCUCAUCAAAACGGCCUGGCAAAGCUGCGAUCAUCCAUACCAGCAAACUACCCGCUGCGUUCGUACUAUUGCCUGUUUGCGUACAUGGGCAUUGCCACCUGGAUCUUCAGCAGCAUCUUUCACGUUCGCGACUUUCCCCUGACGGAACAGCUCGACUACUUUGCGGCCGGCGCUGGCGUCAUGUACGGCAUGUACUAUACUCCAAUCUUGGUCUUUCGGCUCGACAAGCCCACGCCUAGGCGGAGGAGCGUGCUGCGGCUGUGGACCGUACUCUGCUGUACACUAUACGCAUGCCAUGUCAUGUAUCUGAAGCUAUGGAAGUGGGACUAUACCUACAAUAUGGCGGCUAAUGUCGUGGUUGGGCUGACGCAGAACGCGCUGUGGACCUAUUUCAGUUGGAGAAAGUACAGGCAGACGCGCAGGACGUGGGCUGUCUGGCCCGGAUGUGUUGUAGCGUGGCUCAUGAUGGUCAUGAGCUUGGAGCUGCUCGAUUUUCCGCCGUUAUGGGGAGCCCUCGAUGCUCACAGUCUCUGGCACCUGGGCACGAUAUUCCCAACAGUUGUGUGGUACAAUUUCCUUGUUAAGGACGCCCAGGAUGAUAUAGCAAAAUCUACGAAAUUGAAGGAUAAGGAGAUCGACUGA